AUGCCUCGAGUACCAGCCAUUCGCCUGGCCCACGCACCUCAUGCUCACACCCCCAACCGGGUGGUGAUAGUAACAACCCCCCUCCGUCCACGAUUACAACCCCAACCACGCACUUCACAGCCCAUCCCCAAACGCACCUUCACAAGCACCCGACCAGCUCUCGCCCGCGAGCAAAACUUCUACGAAAUCCUUGACCUCCCCACCAGCGCCUCAGCAGCCGAAAUCAAAAAACAAUUCUACGCCCUCUCCAUGCGCCACCACCCAGACCGCAACCGCUCAGACCCAGAAGCCGGCCAGCGUUUCGCCCGCAUCUCUGCCGCCUACAAUGUACUAGGCAACGCCUCCAAGCGCGCCGUCUACGACCGUGACCACGGCUUCCACCAGGUCCACGCCUCCGCCUCCCCCGGCCACACCCACACCCACCCAAUGGGCAGCCACAGCAGCUACGCAGGCUCGCGGCCCGCAAGCGGGCUAAGCAAGCGUCGCUCGGCGUUCCACGGGCCGCCGCCCAGCUUCUACGAGCAGGGUGGGUAUGGGGCGACGGGACGGCAGGGAGAUGGGUUUGCGGCUGGGAAGUCUGGACCUUCUAAGUUUGCAGGGUCUGGGGCUGGAUCUCGGACUGCGGAUCCGGAGGACUGGGAGGGGUUUAUUCGGCGGAAUCCGUUGCAUCAUUUCAAUGCGCGCGGGCAUUUCCGUACGCAGGCGGCGGAGGAUAAGAGGAGGAGGGAGAGGGCUAGUAGGAAUAUGAGGGCAGGUGUUGCUGAUGCUGAGUGGCCGGAGCCUAAUCCUGGUGAUGUGAGUGGGGUGUCGUUUACUAGGUUUUGGUUUUCGUUGGGCUGUUUGAUGCUUGCUGGUGCUUCGGCGGGAUUGUGGCCGUCUUCUUCGCCUGAUGAUGGGAGGCGGACGAAGAAUUGA